AUGGAGACCAAGAAGUUCACUAGGAAGGAGAUCGCCGAGAGGGACACCAAAGCGGAGACGGUGUUCGUUAUAGCCAACAAAGUGUACGACGUCACCAAAUUCGUCGACGACCACCCCGGAGGACAUGAGAUCCUCAUGAACGUGGCCGGUAAAGACGCCUCGGAACAGUUCGAGGACGCCGGCCACAGCCUGGACGCCAAAGAGCUAAUGAACAAGUACUACAUCGGGGAGCUGGUGGAUCAGGACAAGCGGCAUAACAUCGACCGCAACGUGAACUGGAACCUGCCGCCGGUGUCCGAGGAACCCGCGAGUGGCUUCCUCACCUCGUGGAAGUUUCCCGCAGCGCUGGGCCUGCUGCUCACUCUCCUCUACACUUAUCUCUUUGGAUAAACUUUAUUUUUAAACAUUUUGUUCGGGCCGGAUCAAGUGUGUGAUUGUUUUGAUAGGCGGCUGGCUGCGGCCGCGGCCUCGGACCGGUUCUCCGGCCGCCGGUCCCCGCGUUGCGUGUCGUUGCGCUCACGCGUUCAGGACGACCGAGUGCUUCUAAUUAUCUUAUAAAGUAUUGUUUGUAAAUGUUUUUUACGUACCGAUGUUUUGUAUACGAUAAUAAAGGUUAUUUUGUUACGUUA